AUGGUAUGUCUACCGGAGGAAGGCCCUGCCAAAAGGGUAACUGUUCGUGAUACUAUUCAACAGUCAACAAAGAAACAGGCUUUCAUAUCUCUAACACCAUCGAAAACGAUAGAGAGCAUCUUCAAGGAAGUAUCUAAAGAGUUCAGUUAUAAUCACGAUGAAAUCGAACUCGUAUUGCAAAAUGGCAAGAAAGAUGUGUAUAUUCUAAACAAUCAUAAAAACAGUACUGUACAAGAAGCAGGCAUAAAAUGGACUCCUCUAGAUCGACUGUCAAUCAUCAUCAACACAUUAAAAAACAAACCAAUGUCACUAUUCGUCCAAGAAGUCGAAGACGAUCUUCUUCUAGGCGCUUCAGCAAGUCCCACAGCCGGAGACGUUACAAGCACAACAUGCGAAUCCACUACAGCGUUGUUGAACGAAUUCGACUUUCCUAUUUUGCGCCCUUAUUUGAAACCCAUCAUCAUAGAAUCUACGAAUUAUGUGGGGUUAGUGAAUCAGGCUAUGACAUGUUAUCUGAAUAGUCUACUACAGACCCUUUAUAUGACUCCCGAAUUUAGAAAUGCCUUGUACAAUUGGGAGUUUGAUGGAGUUAAUGAAGUUAGAUCGAUACCCUACCAAUUACAAAAAUUAUUUUUAAAUUUGCAGACUUCUUCGAAAUCUGCAGUAGAAACAACUGACCUUACAACAAGCUUUGGUUGGCAGGAUCGUGAUGCGUGGCAUCAGCAUGAUAUCCAAGAAUUGUGCCGGGUUAUGUUUGAUGCCUUAGAACAAAAAUUUAAAGAUACUAAACAAGCAAAUCUGAUCAAUGAUUUAUAUGAAGGCAAAAUGUUAGAUUAUGUCAAAUGUUUGGAAUGUGAUACUGAUAAAUCUCGAGAAGACACAUUUUUGGACAUACCUCUUCCUGUAAGACCUUUCGGAAAUGCGGUAGCAUACAAUAGCGUUGAGGAAGCUUUAAGGGCAUUUGUUCAACCAGAAAUAUUGGAUGGAAAUAAUCAAUAUUUUUGUGAGAAAUGCAAUAAAAAAUGUGAUGCUCACAAAGGGUUGAAAUUCACCAAAUUUCCUUAUUUGCUCACAUUGCAUUUAAAGAGAUUUGAUUUUGAUUACACAACUAUGCAUAGGAUCAAACUCAAUGAUAAGGUUAUGUUUUCGGAAAAAUUAAAUUUAAAUUCACUUAUAACAAAUCCUCAUUCGGAAAGCGAUUCUAUAGAAGAACGGGAGAAUGUUGUGAAAUGCGACGAUUGCAGUACGACAGAUUCGGGGUCCGCAGAUGAUGAAAGUUGUCAAGGAACAGACGUAUCUUCCACUGUAAAUGGCCAAGAUGAUAAUUGUGCAAAUAGCGAUGAAGGUAUAGAUGUAAGUUCAGGAAAUAACCAUGAUGAAGAUGCAAAAGGUCCAUACAUCUACGAAUUAUUCAGUAUUAUGAUUCACCGGGAGUUUCUCCUACUAAAGUUCGAUCACUAUCACUCAAACUACUAUCUUCACUAUUACUUUGGUCGCCAAAACCAUCUCCUGGACCCGGCUGUGGCGACACUCUCAAAUUCGGCGAAUUUGUACACCUAUCACCGCUGCCUAACUCUAAUUUGUCCAAAUUUUGAUUCAAAUCUAACGAUGGAAUGGACAACGAUUCCAAAGUAG